AUGCUAGACCUAGACACCCCCAAAACCUUCACAAUAGCGACGGUUCUAACCCUCCUAACCAUCCCCCUUCUAUACCCGCAAAUCCCAAACUGGCUGAAAACCAAAGUGCUCCCCAACACGCAGAAAAAGAAGCACCCCAGCAGCGAAAUUACGUGUCUGAGAGUGUACCCGAUCAAAUCAUGCCGCGGGCUCAGCUUGGAGAAGACAACGCUGCACAUGGAAGGCCUAGACCUCGACCGGCGGUGGAUGCUCAUCGACGCCAACACGCACGAUUUCCUGACUAUCCGGCAGAUCCCGCAGAUGACGCUCAUCAACACCGCUCUCAGCGCGGACAGCCAGUUCCUGGUGGUUACAUUCACGGGCGUUGCUGACAAGGAGGUCCGCGUGCCCCUCCGGCCAGACACCGCGUGGCUAGACGCCCACACGACCCUGGGCCAGGUCAAGAUCUGGGACAUUGACACGGACGCCUACAUCUACGGGCCGGAGGUCAAUGGCCCGUUUAGCGCGUUCCUGGGGCGUGACGUCUGUCUCGUUUAUAAGGGUCCGACGCCGAGGGUGAUGCGCGGCAACGGGGACCCGAGGCUUCUGGGAAGGACGCAGAGUGUGAAUUUCCCCGAUGUGCAUCCCGUGCUUGUUGCCUCGGAGGCGUCGAUAGCGGAGCUGAAUUCUCGGCUGGCGGAGAAGGGCGUGGACCCGAUUGGCGUGGAGCGGUUCCGGGCUAAUGUCAUUGUGAAGGGGGGUGAGCCUUGGGUGGAGGAUGAGUGGAAGGUCGUGAGGAUUGCUGAUGGCGCAGGGAAGGUGCUGGAGUUUGAUGUCCUGGCCAGGUGUGCCAGGUGUCAGGUGCCGAAUGUGGACCCCGAUACGGCGGAGAAGCAUAAGACGCAGCCGUGGGAUACGCUGAUGAGUUAUCGGAGGGUGGAUGAGGGCAUGAAGUAUAAGCCUUGUUUUGGCAUGCUUUGUGCGCCCAGAGGGGAGGGGGCAUUGGAGGUCGGUAUGAGGUUUGAUGUGCUUGAGGUUACGAACGAACAUCGGUAUAUUAAGGGGUUUUAG